AUGCAAACCUCCAAGUUCAUUCAAGCCGCAGACAGCGAGGUUGUGUGGCAGGCGCUUGUGCUGCAGCAGUGGCCUGCGGCGGCGACCUCUGUCGUGGCAGCGAUGGGCCUCGGGUGGAAGGCCCGCUGCCGUCUCACGGUCGAGAUCUUUGUCCUUCGCCGCAAGGACAAUGCUCUCGCCUCCUUCGCCGAAAUUCACUUCGAGCCGUCGAUCGACAACGAUGACGACGACUACGCCGAUGCGAUUGUGCACACGUCUUGGUUUGCGUGGCCGACCAACAGCUUCGCGUGGGUGCCUGGAAACUCCUACGGAGCCGACAGAAUCACUGCAACCGUGAGCGAGUUCAAGCCGGAUGAAGCCGGCGAGUGCGCACCGGUGAUCGACUUUGGCUGCGAGGCAAGGGUUCACGACGCGGACGGAAGCUAUCCCUUCUUCCUUUGCGACCUGUCUGACCUGCUCCUUCGCAAGGUGGGAGGGCUGCAGUGGAAGGUGCUUGCCUAA